CAACAUCCUCUCACACAUACAACAGACAGAUCGAUCGAGCGGAUCCAAGCCAAUGGCAACCAAGAGCCUUCUUCUCGCCGCCCUCCUGGUCCUCGCCGUCAGCCUGGCGCCGCACGGUGCGGAGGCGGGCAAGCAGCUUCCACUGGGACUCAUCGCCGGCGUUGUGCCAUGCAGCGGCGGGAACUCCAUCAACGCGGCUGCGGUUCCGCCGUUCCCGAACGCGGCCGUGCAGAUGGUGUGCGGCCGUGAUGUGAUGGCCAGCGCGACGACGGACGGCAGCGGAACGUACACCAUGAACCUGGGCCCGGCCACCUCGUCGCUGCUCGCCCCACUGCUCGGCAACCAGUGCAAGGUUGUGGUGGUCACCCCGCUGGCCGCGUGCAACGCGUCCCUGGCCAGCGUCACCGGGACGCUGACCGCACCGGUGCAGCUCCUUGGUAUUGACACUGGCAGUGGCAGCGGUAGCGGCAGCAGCGGCCUCGGGGGGCUUGGUGGCCUAAUUUGGCUCAUUGGCCAGAUAGUGGGCGGCCUCCUCGGCGGCAUCCUUAACAUCAUCCCAUUGCCCUUCUCCGUCGUCUAGAUGCUCAACUACAACCGGCGUGUCGAUCGAAGACACGAAUGGACCUAAAUAAAUAAAUGCGUUCCAACCUACCAAUGUACCCAAUGGUCAACUAUCCCCGCUUUUAUUAUUAUUAUUAUUAUUAUUAUUAUUAUUAUUAUUAUUAUUAUUAUUAUUA